GAGGUCAACAAUGGAUGAACCAACUGUGCCAAGGGGAAAGCGACCUCGAGUGAAGGUCUCCAUGGAUGACAAGGAGCGAGCCAUCGCUCGCAUCCGCAAAGGAGAAACCAAGGCGGGCAUCUCACGGGAACUCGGGGUGCCGGAGUCGACGGUGCGUGGUUGGGUGAAGCGAGCCGAUCAACGCAAAGCACGCGAGGCAUUCGAGGAGAACACGCCGAGUGCCAUUCUAAGCUCACAGGUGCCCGUGAAGCGCGAUCACAAUGGGCAGCAAAUAGUGGGAAAGACCUUGACUGGGACAAUGCCAGUGCCCAUGCAGCUCUUCCAGCAGGCGGCAGACAGUCAGCUCCAGCUAAAUGGUUGGCUGCACAUCUUCAAUGCAGGCAUACUAAACUUUACACUGAUUGCCACAGCAGCCUCGUUGCGAGCACGCGUGCGCGGCACCUCUGAGCGUCUGUCGCUGUGGCAGAUCAUCUGCGAUUAUGUGGACGAAGCGGGUCGCAAUGUGGUCGCCAAUGGCGGGCAGUAUGUGGCGCCAUCCACGUCCAAUCAGCAGCGACAGCUUAAUUCGCCAACUCGAUUGCGUGGCAACGGAUUUGUGGCGCCACGACUUCACAUUACAGCAGAGGAUGACGAGGACGACGUCGAUGGCGAUGGCAAUGUCGAUGGCGAUGGCGAUGGCGACGGCGACAUCGAUGCAAAUGAUGAUAGCGAUGGCACAGGGGAGGGCGAGGAUGAAAGCAUGGAGGCGGAAGCUGAAGCGGAGCCAGUGCUGUGAAAGCCAACCAUCGAUUUAUUUAUGUACGAAUCUAUAUAUAUGUAUGCAAAUAAAACGCCUGUCAAUGGGAUUAUGUUGUU